AUGGUUUCGGAUUUCCGGGGCGAAAGCCUCAAUAUGAGCAUCCUCAUCUCAGCCAUGUAUCUACCUAUCUGUGUUCUAGCCGGGCUGGGAAGCGUUGCAGCAGCCUCACACCUCUAUGCAGCAUCUUACGGCGGCUCGGUCUAUUCGCUAGCUCCGACGAGUCAGCACGGAUCGACUGAAAUCUCCGUGCUCUCCGAAUCAAGGGACUGCGGCAAUAGCCCCUCCUGGCUGAUGUUAGAUAGGGCACAUGAGGUCCUUUACUGUCUGAACGAAGGAAUUGGAUCCUCGAAUGGCAGCAUCACCUCCUUCAAGACCCAUACAAAUGGGUCUUUGGCGACCAUUGAGCGUCUGAUAACCCCAUCGGGGCCGGUUAUGUCUGCCAUCUACUCGGCACCGGACGUCCACACUCACGAUUUCCUUGCAGUCGCUCACUAUGAGACGUCAACUGUGACCACACAUCUUCUUGAUCGCUCCAGCGGCCACAUGAAGUAUCUACAAACAUUUACAUACUCCAUGUCCAGUCCGGGCCCCAACGCUGCGCGCCAGGACGCUCCUCACCCACACGGAGUAGUUGUUGACCCAACAGGCCGCUAUGUUCUAGUCCCUGACCUUGGAGCCGAUCUUGUUCGCAUCUUCUCUAUCAACCCCAGGACUGGUCGUUUGGAGCCCAAAAGCCCUUUCGUCGCAAGCCCCGGCUCCGGCCCUCGACAUGGAGUUUUCUGGACACCCAAGGGAUCAAAUAGCACCACUUCGAACGUAUACUUCUACCUCACACAUGAGCUGAGUAACGAGGUGAGUGGAUUUCGGGUGUCCUACACGGCCCAAGGGAUAUCCUUGCACCAAAUCUUCAACGGGAGCUCCUUCGGAAACGACACUGCACCUGCAGGCUCUAAAGUCGCUGAAAUCAAACUCUCGCCCAAUAAUAACCACCUCGUUGUGAGCAACCGCCUCGACAACACAUUCGGUCCAAAGAACGACUCGAUCGCGGUGUUCUCUUGUGCAGAUGCGGUCGGGAAACACUUCAGGAACGUCCAGUUUCUAGGCCUUUUCCCGGCUUACGGCUCUUCUCCCCGGCAUUUUGAUAUCAGCGGCUCUCCGGAUAUGGUCGCUUUGGCUUUGGAGGAAAGUCAAUCGGUGGGCAUUGCCCGGUGGAGCAAGCUCGGUGGGACUCCGGCCAGCCUUGUGGCGAAAAAGAAGCUGAAUGGUAAUAUUCCUGCUGCAAUUUGGGCGUGA